AUGGCGAGCCGCAACAACUCAAUCGUCGCACCACUGCCUGACACUGUGGUCAAGAAGCAUGGUGUAAAGACUAUUGAAAGCAACAAUGCAGUCACCGGUGCUCAGAACCUCACCCUGAAGCAGUCGAUCUUGCCUGUGUGCUUGGUUACCAUCCUUUUCUUCCUGUGGGGCUUCGCCUAUGGACUUCUGGAUGUCCUCAACGCUCACUUCCAGGUCGCUCUCAGCAUCACCAAGGGUCAAAGUGGUGGCCUCCAAGCUGCCUACUUCGGUGCUUAUGCAAUUGGACCUCUUACUUACUCUGGUUGGAUUGUCAGAAGGUUCGGUUACAGAUGGGCUUUCAUCACCGGUCUCUGUAUCUAUGGUGUUGGUGCUCUUAUGUUCUGGCCAUCAGGCCUCAAGCGCUCUUUCCCUGGCUUCUGUGGAAGUAUGUUCAUCGUUGGAUCUGGUCUGUCGACUCUCGAAACUGCCGCCAACCCCUUCAUCGCUACCUGCGGUCCUGCAAAGUACUCUGAGCUGCGUUUGACUCUGGCACAGGCCUUCCAGGCCGUAGGAACUGUUGUUGCACCUAUUCUGGCUAGUCAAGUCAUCUUCAAGAAUGUUGAUGACACCUCGCUUCAAUCGGUUCAAUGGGUUUACUUGGGCAUUGCCAUCUUCGUCUUCAUCCUCGCUGUCGUCUUCUUCUUCGCUCCCAUUCCUGAGGUUACCGACGCCGAUAUGGCCGCUCAGGCCGCCUCAAGUGGUUCCCAGACUGCCUUCGAGGACAAGCCCCUUUCCAAGCAGUACACCCUCUUCUUCGGUGUCGCUGCUCAAUUUGCGUAUGUAGGUGCGCAAUGUGCUUAUGCUGGCUACUUCAUCAACUACGUUUCUGCAGUCCGCCCUGGCACUACCCACGCUACCGGUGCAAACCUUCUUGCUGUAGCUCAAGGUUGUUUUGCCAUCGGUCGUUUCGUUGCUAGUGGUCUGCUCAAGGUCACCAAACCUCGUCUCGUCCUCAUGGGUUUCCUCUCCGGUGUGGUUCUCUUCGCAUGCUUGACCAUGGGCCUCAAGGGCAACGCCGGUAUCGCUGCAAUCUCUCUCGUCCUCUUCUUUGAGUCGUGUGUCUUCCCUCUAAUCUUCGCUCUGUCCAUCAGAGGUCUUGGUCGCCACUCCAAGCGCGGUGCCAGUUUCAUCGUCGCUGCAGUAUCUGGUGGUGCUCUGUUCCCUCCUGUCCUCGGCACGGUUGCAGAUCACAUUGGAACUCAGAAGGCAUUCUUCGUUCCUCUGAUUGGCUUCGUCAUCGCUUGGAUGUUCCCCCUUUACCUCAACUUGUUCAAGGCUAAGAGCUUGGAUGGCUGGACCGAGGAGAAGGCUCCUACUGUCACCGAGAAGGACGUCGAGAGUAUGCACGAUGAUGAGGACGAGAAGAAGGGUGCUGCCAUCGAGCACCAAGAGAUUAGAGCUUAG